AUGGCAGACCACGCCGACGCUCCGAAUUCAAACAAGGCCUUCGUGCCUCUUGAAAAUAACCCCGAAGUAAUGUCCCACCUAAUCCACCAACUCGGCCUCCCCCCAACCUUCGGCUUCUCCGACGUCUUCUCCAUCGACGAACCCGACCUCCUAGCCUUCGUCCCCCGCCCCUCCCACGCCCUCCUCCUCGUCUUCCCCGUCUCCCAAACCUACGAAGCAUCCCGCCUCUCCGAAGAUGCUCCUCUCUCCGAAUACACAGGCUCGGGACCAAAUGAGCCGGUGACAUGGUUUAAGCAGACAAUUCGGAAUGCGUGCGGGUUGAUCGGUCUGCUACAUGCGGUGUCGAACGGUGAGCCGAGGAGGAAUAUCGUGCCGGGAUCGGAUUUGGAAACGCUACUAGCUGAGGCUGAGGGGAUGGGGCCCGUGGAGAGGGCAGAUUUGCUGUAUGAGAGUAAAGCGUUGGAGAGUGCCCAUGCGGAUGCGGCUAGGUUGGGGGAUACGCAGGCGCCUGGGGCGGAGGAUAGUGUGGACUUGCAUUUUGUGGCGUUUGUGAAGGGGGGUGAUGGGCGGUUGUGGGAGUUGGAUGGACGGCGGAAGGGACCGUUAGAGAGAGGGGUUUUGGGGGAGGACGAGGAUGCGUUGAGUGAGAAGGCGUUGAAUUUGGGUGUGAGGAGGUUUUUGAAGACGGAGGCGGCUGGGGGAAAUCCGGAUUUGAGGUUUAGCCUGGUUAGCUUGGGCCCUGUUUUUGAUUGA